UCACAAAAUUUUCAGUUCGAGUUCGCAGAUGGAAGAUUUAUUUGCAGACUUUGUGAAUCUGAAGUGGGGAGAGCCACUUGUGGACGAAGAAGACGUGACUCUCAACCUGGUCCCUGUCGAGGUGUUCAACAUGACGGGCGAGGACGGCUUCUGCGUCCAGAUCUGCAACUACGGCGCGCAGAUCGUCUCGGUGCUCAUGUCCGACCAUGAAGGCCUCGUGGAGGAGGUGAUGCCGUCUUUCCCCAACAUGAACCGGUGCCGGAAAAGCGGGUAUUAUGGAGCACGUGCUGAAAAUCAAUGCCUCUCACUACUUUGUGAAGGAAAAGAAAAGCGACAUGCUUAUGGGAAGGUAUUAAAACUCGCGAACUCGCUGUCAUUAGAGCGCGCUCUGCGAGGAAGGAGCGGUGCCGGGGCUCGAACCAAGCAUUCCAGCGGCAACAGUGGCGGACGGAGCGCUAAGCGCUCGCAGAUUCCACCGCCGCCGGCGCCCGCGCCCGCGCCCACGCCGGUGCCGGGGCAAAAGGAAGGCGCGCGGCGCUGCGGGGCAGGGUACGGCGGAGAGGAGGCGGUGCGAGGAGGGAGUGCGGCGGGGGAGUGCAAGAGGAAGCCGCGCAGCGUGGAGGGAUGGAUGGGGGGAGUGGAGGGGCGAAGCGAAGAGGGGAGGUGCGGAUCGGUGACGGGAGGGGCGGAUCGGGAAUGGGAGGAGCCGAUCGGCGAGGGAAAGGGCGUAUCGGGGACGGGAGGGCCGGAUUGGAGACGCGAGGGGCGGAUCGGGGAGGGAAAGAGCGUAUUGGGAAUAGGAUGGAACGAUCGGGGAGGGGAGGGACCGUUCGGGGAGAUGAGGGGCGGAUCGGGCCGGGAGGGGCAGAUGGGGGACGGGAGAGGAGGAUCGGGGAGGAGUGAAGGAGGAAGAGGAUGGGUGGAUCGGGACAGAGAAGGUCGGUGUGGGCAUAGAAAGGGCAAGGCGGAGAGGAGUGGGACGAAACUAGGCUGGGCGGAGAGGUGUGAAGUGGGGCGCGGCGCGACAUGGCGGGGCGGUGUCGGGACGGGGUUGGGCGGUGAGAUCGGGUCUGGGUUGGGCGGAGCGGGGAGGAAGAAGGCAAGGCGACGAAGAGCAAGUUGGGAGGUGCAAGGAGUGGGGAGGGGGGUGAAAGGUGAAGCGCAGCGGUCUGUGAAACCAGCGCCCGCCACAACUCACGCCCCACAAACCCUCAAGCGCCCAGCGCCCUCUGCGGCAGCUCGCAUCUCAGGGCUCUCGCUCCCGACACCAGCCACCUCAAGGUCGCACGCCCGGAUCUGUGGCCGCGUCCGAAUUUGUCGGGGCUGGUUGUUUGAACCUGUGCGCAUUCGUCUGUCUGUUUGCAACUGCGCCUCAUAG